UUCGCAAAUCGCGUCAUGCAGACAAAGAAGAAGAGCAGCAACAAAGUGUAACAUUUUUAAGUAUUGCGAAAAAUUGCAAAUUUUUAAGAUGAGUUUCAUGCAACCGAUUCCUGUGAAAUAUGCCUGCUCCUGCGGCAUCUUGAAUCCGAUCAACAAGUUGUUCUUUUGUCGACAUUGUCCCAAACUGAGAUGCGGUUACUGUGUGUGCCACGAGAUAGAGUCGCACUUCUGUUCCAAUUGCCUGGAGAACAUACCGUCAUCGGAGGCGCGACACAAGAAAAACUGUUGUGCCAAUUGCUUCGAUUGUCCAUGUUGCCAGCACACUUUGUCGGCCCGUGCUACCACGGUGGCUGUUGUGAGGAAGCCCGACGAGGCCAAGGACAAGGAGGCGCAGAGUGGAGCAGGAGGAGAAAGUGGCUCAACCACACCCCUAAAACCGUCGAGUGUACCCGCAACUAAGAAAAUGUAUUAUUUGUCAUGCCUCUCCUGUCGCUGGACCACACGAGAUGUGGGCAUUCCCGAUCAGGGUGUGGCAACUGGUACUUGGCCGGAUAACGAAUGCUUGUACCAGCUCCGUUUCAACUCUCUACUCGAGUAUUAUCAGUCGGUGGUGUUGCAAGAGAAACAGGACAGACAGGAGUUUCUGCGUCGCAAAUCGCCCAAGCAGCAUAAAUUUCCAAGUCUGACAGAUCGCACAGGUCUAACGGUAUCUCUAAUUCGACGACAAAUCGGUUGGAAUGAGAAGACUUUGCCGAAAAGCAAACCCAUUAGCAUUUCCCCAACUGAGGCCACAGCUGAUGUGGAACAGCUACCGCCGGAUAUCUUUACGGAGCCAUUGAAUUUGCGUCAAGUGACGACAAUCGCCCAAAGGCUUAGCCAGCCAAGGGAUCAGCCCACAGCCGUGGGAAAUUUGUAUCCCCAACGCCGUUCGCUGUGGAUUAAACGGUCGCUGAGAUGUCGUCAGUGCGAGCAUAAUCUAAUUAAGCCCGAAUUUCAUCCGACGUCCAUUAAGUAUCGAAUUCAGCUCUUCGCUAGCCACCAUGUUCCCGAAGUGGUGAUGGUCCGUUGCGAACAGCCUCUGAAGUCAGGUCAGAAGAAUGCGAUUGUCGUAAAGAUUACCAAUCCAACCAUGUAUGACAUGACCAUAAGGAUUCUGGAUGCUCUUCCCGAGGAGGAAGAACAACUCACAACAGAAAUGUUGCAGCAGGCCUGCAAAAUCAAGGAGGAGGCGGUAACUUCCUCGCCUCUUCUACGGGCAGCCGGCAUCACCUUAACCAGACAAAAUUCUACACGUGAGAUUAAGCGAGAAGUUAAUGAAUUGUCCAACACACUGAUUGAACCACUGGAAAGCGAAUUUGUACUGAGCCAACGCGACGAUUCCAAGGAAUUCGACGAAGACAUCCAAGCGCGCAGCGAGAUCGAAGAACCCAAAUUUAUAGUAUGGCGCAAGGGCAACAAAGUUUUACUGAGACUACAGUUUACCCCAGAAGCGACAUCAAAGAUCUCCGAUGAAGUCGUUUUGAGUUUCUAUAUGCAAUACACUUACGUCAAUACGGUGGCCAAUACCACGGAAAAAAAGGAGCCAACCACUCAGGCACUCUACUCACGACUAUUCAUUCAGGCGGGCGCCAUAGAAAAGGAAUAAGCAGCGAAACGCGCUAAUAAAAUGAAUAACUAUAUUUCCAAGUGGGAUGGAUAGUCUCCAUAACUAUUUAAACACACUUAAAUUAUGGAUUAAACAUACUAAUUUUUUGUCAUAGGCAAAUGCUAUUAUAUCUAAUAUUAAAUAAACCUCUAAUCCGA